AGGAAUCACAGGUCAGUCAUGAGGAAUCACACGCAAGUGACUGAGUUCAUCCUCCUAGGGCUCACAGAUGACCCGGAGUUGCAAGGAGUGAUUCUCCUCUACAUGUCUGUCACAUACAUUCUGAGCAUCACCGGCAACCUGACCAUCAUCACCCUCACCUUGCUGGACUCCCGCUUCCACACCCCCAUGUACUUCUUCCUGCGCUGUUUCUCCUUCCUGGAGAUCUGUUUCACCUCCGCCUGCAUCCCCAGAUUCCUGGCUACCAUUGUCACCGGGGAUAGGAUGAUUUCCUACAACUGCUGUGCAACUCAGCUGUUCUUCUUCAUCUUUCUGGGGGCGACGGAAUUCUUCCUCCUGGCCGCCAUGUCCUAUGACAGCUACGUCGCCAUCUGCCGGCCUCUGCACUACACGACCGUGAUGAACCAGAAAGUCUGCACCCUGCUAGUCCUCUGCUCCUGUCUGACAGGGUUCCUGGUCAUCUUUCCUCCUCUCAUCCUUGGCCUCCAACUAGACUUCUGUGGUUCCGGAGCCAUUGACCACUUCUUCUGUGACGUCUCCCCUCUUCUCCUGCUCUCCUGCUCAAACACCGGGUUCCUGGAGCUGAUGGCUUUCAUCUUGGCCUUGGGGACACUACUGGUCACCUUGGUGUUAGUGGCCGUGUCCUACACAGCCAUAGCCCGCGCCAUCCUGAGAUUGCCCUCUGCUCAGCAGAAAAGAAAAGCCUUUUCCACCUGCUCCUCCCACAUGGUCGUGGUCUCAAUCACAUACGGCAGCUGCAUCUUUAUGUACAUGAAACCGUCCGCCAAGGACAGGGUGGACCUGACCAAGGGGGUGGCCGUGCUGAACACCUCCGUGGUCCCCAUGAUGAAUCCCUUCAUCUACACCCUACGGAACCAACAGGUGAAGCAGGCCAUCAGGGACCUGGUGCACCGAGUUGAAUUUUCCACCUAA